AGGAGACGAGGAGGCGGGAGCGGCGGCCCGCCGAUUGGUGGGUUUCCCCGGCCAAUGGGAGGUCGGGGAUCCAGCCGGGCGCUGGCGGAGGAAGGCCGCCCGUUACCAGGGCGACGGAGCAUCGACGGCCCCUCCCGACCCGCUCCGGAUGGCUUUCUCGGGAAAGAUGCAGCAACUGACCUUUAGUGAGCAGCAUAAGAAAGAAAUGAGGGAAGACCAUCAGAGAUUCUUGGCCAGCCAAGCGCAGGAGAAGCUGGAGAAGAAAAUGAAGGAACUGAAAGCAGCGAUUUUAAAUGAAGAACAAGUUGAACGGAAGCAGGUCCUCAGAUCACUGCAGAAAGAGCAGUGCGAAAUGGAAAUGGAAGAAGCCAUUCGAAAGGCGGAGGAAAACAAAAGGUUAAAGGAGCGCCAGCUGGAACAGGAAGAAAAGUUGGCUACAGAAUUGGCCAGAUUAAAGGACAAAACUCUCAAGGAUGAAAAAUUGCGGCAGCAAGUCAGAGAAAACAGCACCGAAUUAAGAGAACUGGAGAGAAAAUUGAAAGCGGCUUACAUGAAUAAAGAAAGAGCGGCCCAGAUUGCCGAGAAAGAAGCCAUAAAACUUGAAAGGAUGAAAGGCGAUGCGAUAUUGGCCCGGCAGAUGAAGGAGGAACACGAGAGGUUUGCGAUGGAAGAGAACUUGGCGGAGUGUAGACGGAACAGGGAGAAAAUACAGUAUCACCAGGAAUUAGAAAAACAGCUCGAAGAGCGGGAAAGAAAGAAGCAGGAGGCUUACGAAGAGUUCCUCCAAGAGAAGCUGAUGAUUGACGAAAUUGUGAGAAAAAUUUAUGAAGAAGACCAGAUGGAAAGACAGCUGAGGCUGGAGAAAAUGAAUGCCAUCCAGAGAUAUAAAGAAGAGUUUCAGAAACAGCAGGCUCUCUGGAGAAAAAAGAAACGUGAAGAAAUGGAAGAAGAAAACCGCAAAAUCGUAGAAUUUGCUAACCUGAAGCAGCAGAGAGAAGAAGACCGGAUGGCGAAAAUACUGGAGAACGAGGAGAAGAAGAAACAUCUCCAGAAUUUGGUUGCCGAGAACCUGGAAAAGACCCGGCAGCACCAGGACGAUUUGGAACAGAUGCGCCUCGACUUGUAUCAGGAGGAGCAAGCCGAAAUGGACCGGCAGAAGAUGAAAUUCGAAGCGGAAAACAAGAUCAGACAGCGCCGGGAGCUGCAGAAAAGUUUCGAAGACCAAUUAGCCUUCAAACAGCUAGUGCUGCAGACCGCAAGAGAGGAAGAGGAGACUUACAGACAGAACAUGCUGGCCAAAUUUGCUGAGGACGAUCGGCUGGAACUCAUGAACGCCCAGAGGCAGAGAAUGAAACAGCUGGAACAUAAAAAGGCUGUAGAAGAGCUUAUCAGAGAGCGUCGUGAACAGUUCCUGGCAGACAAGGAACGUGAAUUUGAGGAAAUGCGGAUGCAGGAAGAAAGAGAAGGACGCAUCAGAGCAGUUAUUGAGGAGGAAAGGCAAAAAUUACUCCGAGAACAUGCUGCAGAACUACUGGGCUAUCUCCCGAAGGGCGUUCUUAAACAGAGGGAGGACGUCGACAUGCUGGGCGAAGCGUUCAGGGAAAUGUACGAGAAGCGAGGCCAAACGGCUCCGGAAGAGAAGCCAUCGUAGACCACUAGAGGUCAGCCUAACUUAACCUGACUCAGUUUGGCAGGGUCUUCAUUUGGUGGCUUUAAUACUCAAAAUUGUUCUAAUUUCUUAGAAGAGUUAGCAUCUGGAUAGCGGUUUCAGUGAACAAACUAGUCUGUCAAUAAAUCAGUGGAAAAUAUAACA